CGCGCGGCGCGGAGCCGCAGCUCCGACAAGCAGAACAGCCUGCGCCGAGCCGCCAGCGGCCUCUACCAGGGCAUCAGCGGCCUCUUCGGCGAGGACAACGUGCGGGCCCUGCAGAAGUUUUUCUCAAGGUUGACAGAGAGGUUUGUGAAUGGGGUGGAUGUAUUAAUGGACACAUUCUGGAGGAUAUGGACUGAUUUGUUAGAUGUUCUUGGAAUUGAUGCCUCCAACUUGACUCACUAUUUCAGCCCAGCGGCAAUCGCCAACAACCCGACCCGCGCUCUCCUGCUGAUCGGGGCCAUCUUACUUGCCUAUUGGUUUUUAUCUCUCUUCCUUGGAUUCUUCUUCUAUCUCCUGCACAUGCUGUUUGGUCGUUUUUUCUGGAUUGCAAGGGUUGCCCUGUUCACCCUGUCCUGCGUGUACAUCCUCCAGAAGUACGAAGGUGACCCGGAACACGCCGUGCUGCCGCUCUGCUUUGUUGUGGCUGUCUACUUCAUGACGGGGCCAGUUGGAUUUUACUGGAGAAGAAACAACAACAGCAGCCUGGAGGAGAAGAUGGACCACCUGGAUAGUCAGAUCAGGCUGCUGAACAUCCGUCUUUCCCGGGUGAUUGAGAACCUGGACCGAGGCAGUGAGCAGUGAACGACGCCCACAGGCCACUGUACACCAGCUCCAGAGGAAUCCUAAGCACUGUCUCAAAGCAACAAAACAUCACAUGGUAAAAAGUGUGCAAAGUUCUAACUUUUCAUCAUGUGUGAGACUAAUUUAUCUAGGUUACACACUCAGCCAUUAGACUUGUAGGAGAAAAGAACAAACAAACAAACAAACAAAAAACAUUUACAAAAUUCAGCUGUAUAUUCAGAGUUUUAUCCAGUACUAGAAUUUUCUCAGUAGAUAAAAGCUUACUUUUACAAGCAUUGAAAAACAUCUUUUGUAAGGUUUUUAUAAGAGCAAAUUGAGUAGUCUUUCAGAUAUUGAAAUUGAGCUAAACAUAUGCAAAUUUGACACUUUAAAAGUUAAAAAG